CGCGUGGUGCUAGCUGUGUGCUCCGUUUGGCGGCUUGUUUUUCGCUCGCCUGAGUUUGCUCCCGAAUUUGGGCCUAGCUAUCCGUCUUGUGGUUCCACGCGACGAAUUUUCCCCACGACUUCACGAGACAGCCUCCACGUGACACUCCGUGUCUGUCUUGUCCGCACUGCUGCUACUAUUGUGCUGGAGUCGCCACGGUCAAAAGUCUGUGCGGCUUGGGUUUCUGGAGUUGGGGCCACAGUUAAUUAUGAUUCAAGCACUUCUCUGCUGACAGUCGUGGCUGAUAACAAGAACCUCACCCUGUUUCUUCAAUCGCAAGGCCCUCCACUGCGCUCUACCACCGCUCUGCUGUCGUCACUGCCACCCGGGCUUCUCCAUCCUUUGAGAUAAGUUCAAGUUUUUGCCUUAUCGCUUGAAAAGGAGGGCAGUAGAUAUUAUGUGCAGAAUUCCGAGAAUAUAAAGGCUAGAGGUAGAUCCCUUUGUCAGUCAGACCCUGGUAAGUGGCUAGGACCUCCUAUCAUGCUGACCCUGGUAAGAAAAAGGCAGCUGAUACCCAGCCAUUAUAAGAUUAUCUGGGAGUUGCUUGGCAGGUGGGGCUCUGAAGUGUUUUCCCUUAUCACCACUGCUGACUUGUACAUUCCUUCACCCUUAUCC